AUGGAUUGGAUGAGCACUUUUUGUGUAGUCACUUUUGACGAAGAUUUAGGGCAGAAGCUAGAAAAACAAUUUCCAGAAAUAUUAAAUGAGGAGCAGCAACAGCAAAUAGCAUUUUUAGCGUUUCCAGACUCAAAUUCAGUUAAUUCUUUAUGAAAUUUAUCUUAUGUUUUUAGUUUGAAGAUUAAUGAUGAAGAGUAUUUUGGGUUUGUUCACUUUAAUCAGAAAAGAGAUCCUAAUAAAAAUCGGGGUUUUUCUCAAAAAUCAGUGGUAUUAUUGACAAGACACCCAUUUAUUUCACUUUUUAAACAAAUUGUUGAUAUGGUAGGACCGUGAUAUUUUCAGCAUGGAGAAGAAGUUUUUGAUAUGGCUUGGUUUGCAAUAAGGAGCUGAAGCCCAAUUAAUCCUGGGUUUACAAUAGAGCUACCUAUACUAGGGACCGUUAUUUCUUAUACAGUUCCUUCAACUGAAAUAGCAUUUGCGCCUCAGUCAUGUGGAGAAGGACUAAAUCUUCUCAAAUAUAAUUAAAAAUUAAUUCUGUAUUUUAUUUUAAAUAGAAAACUUUCCUUUUGAUUAUAUAUUAAAUGUAAGCGAAAUUUUAGACAGCAUAAAUCAGGGCUUUCCAGGCCAAUUUCAAGAUAUAAAUAUUUAUGAAACAUUUGGAAUUUCUGUAAUUAAAAAGCAUUUAUGAAAUCUCUGAGAAAUUUUAAUUACCGGUGAAGCACUUAUGCUAUUAACUGAAACUCCAGAAGCCUGCAGUUUCGCUGUUUUAGGCUUAAUUUCACUGAUUUCUCCAUUAAUAUACCAAGGAGACUACUAUCCUUAUUUUACAAUAUUUGAUCAUGAUUUCCGUAAGCGGCAAACUCAAUGCGAAAACGGCGAACUCAGCUCAAUUUUACUCGGCAUUACAAACCCGUUUUUCUUAAAAGCUCUUAAAAACUGCUCAAAUAUUUUCCAAUUUGAGGGCGACAAAGGACAUAUAAGAUGCACACAUAAAACAACAAAGCAUGGCUCAGCAAUCCACCCAGUAAAAUCUGUCUUAAAUCAGCUUAUGAAAAAUGAUUCCCGAGAAGCUAUAUCAAUUAAUAUACCAAAUCCUAAAAAAUAAGUCUAUUUUUAUAAUAAAAUUCCCUUUUCUAUAUAAAAUAUUAUAACUCAGUUCUAAAAAAACAUUUUCACGAGCUGACUUUAUCAUUUCUUCAGCCAUUUCAGCAAUAUUUUCAAAUAGAUGUAGAAAAAAUCAGAGAAACCCCGUAUUCUUUAAAUACAUUUUAUAAACCUUUUACUGAACAAGAAUUUAUUCGCGAUUUAAAUAACUCGAAAAAUUUGUUUCCUAUGAUGAGAUAUGCAUCAAGGCCGAGGUGUAUUCAGCUUUAUACAAGAUUUUUGCAGUCUUCGACGUUUAGGUCGUGGAUUGCACAUCAGAGACAGAAAUGCAAUGAGGAUGCGCAAGAAUUAAUGCAAAAAGCUAUGCAUAAUUUUGAUAUAGAAAACAGCAUUGUUAAUAUGGAUACAAAUGCGCGGAGGUCGUUGUAUAAAAAAAUCGAAGCAAGAUUGAAAUAUGAACAGAGCUUGGAAAAUAAUGAAGAAGCUAUAGGGAAAUUGAAAAAACAACUGUCUGUGCUAUUGAGUGCGAUAAGCGGAAUACCACAAGAAAAUUUACAAAAUAUAUUUAUUUAG